CUGGGGGCUGUGCCCUGAUCUCCACCGAAUCCCUGAGGUUCCACCACUCGUCUGCUGCACGUCUCACAGCCCAGGCACCAUGAAUGACAUCUACAAAGCUGCGGUAGAGCAGCUCACAGAUGAGCAGAAAAGUGAGUUUCGGGCGGCCUUCGACAUCUUUGUGCAGGAUGCUGAGGACGGCUGCAUCAGCACUAAAGAGCUGGGCAAGGUGAUGAGGAUGCUGGGACAGAACCCCACUCCAGAAGAGCUGCAGGAGAUGAUCGAUGAAGUGGAUGAGGAUGGCAGCGGUACGGUGGACUUUGAGGAGUUCUUGGUGAUGAUGGUGAGGUGUAUGAAGGAUGACAGCAAAGGGAAAUCAGAGGAAGAACUGGCUGAACUCUUCCGCAUGUUUGAUAAGAAUGCGGAUGGUUAUAUUGACCUGGACGAGCUGAAGUUGAUGUUGGAGGCCACGGGGGAGACCAUCACUGAGGACGACAUCGAUGAACUGAUGAAGGAUGGAGACAAGAACAACGACGGCAAAAUUGACUAUGACGAGUUCUUGGAGUUCAUGAAAGGUGUGGAAUAAGUGUCAAAAAUGAAAGAAGACUUACCUUUUCGGCUCAACUGCUUCGCACUCAGAUUCAAAAGAACGCCAAAGAAAGAGCUUUGUGGUGUAUUUAUCUCAAACAUGUCAAUGAGGAGUUCAACAAUAAUGCAAUGUUUAUAAUUGAUAAUGCCUGUUUUUUUUAUAUAAAAGCCUUCUAUUUGUG